UUCCGGUUCUUUCCCGAUUCGUGGGAAAAUGAAAAGUUGAGGUGGGGAAGUUUUUGUGUGCCCAAUGCAGUAUUAUUACUUUUCUUUCACAAGGUCAAUGGAGUCGAAGAUAAAAUAACCGAGAACGCUUUACAACUUCACAUCAGGCUGAAGGAAGCUCCACGGAAAUGUCCAGCCUGAACUGGAAGCCGUUUGUGUACGGAGGAAUGGCAUCCAUCGUCGCAGAAUUUGGUACCUUCCCUAUUGAUUUGACCAAAACCCGACUCCAGGUCCAAGGCCAGUCUCAGUGCAUGGAGGUCCGUUACAGAGGCAUGUUCCACGCUUUGCUCAGGAUCGGACGAGAAGAAGGCGUCCGCGCCUUGUAUUCUGGGAUUUCGCCGGCGCUACUAAGGCAAGCCUCGUACGGGACGAUUAAAAUCGGGACGUACAACACGCUGAAGAAGUUGUUUGUGAGCCGUCCUGAAGAUGAGACGAUGGUCAUCAACGUGUUCUGUGGUGUUGUCUCGGGAGUGUUAUCCUCUUCUUUAGCGAACCCCACAGACGUGCUGAAGAUUCGCAUGCAAGCUCAGGGCAGUCUGCUCCAAGGCAGCAUGAUGGCCAACUUCAUCAACAUCUACCAGACGGAGGGCACGCGAGGACUCUGGAGGGGCGUCAUCCCGACGGCACAGAGAGCCGCCAUCGUGGUCGGCGUUGAGCUUCCGGUGUACGACAUCACCAAGAAGCACUUGAUUGCAUCCGGCCUGAUGGGAGACACGGUUCUGACUCAUUUCAUUUCCAGUUUUGCUUGUGGUCUGGCCGGAGCGCUCGCCUCCAACCCUGUGGACGUUGUGAGGACGCGGAUGAUGAACCAGCGCGUGCUAUCCGGGAACCUUAUCUACAAAGGCACGCUGGACGGACUCAUGCAGACGUGGAGGAACGAAGGUUUCUUCGCUUUGUACAAGGGCUUCUGGCCCAACUGGCUGCGUCUUGGACCCUGGAACAUCAUCUUCUUCAUCACUUAUGAGCAGCUGAAGAAGCUUCCGUUAUAGCUGAAGCACAGACAAGAUGAGACAAGACUCCAGCAGCUGAAAUUGUGUGUGUGUGUGUGUGUGUGUGUGUGAGUGAGAGAGAGAGAGAGAGAGGCAGGGAGUGAGCGAGCGAGUUGAGAAUCCCUUCCUGCCUUUAUUCUUUUGUUCAUGAUCCCUCCAUGCAAUGUGUACAUUGAUUUAAAUGUUUGUGUUUUUCUUUCUUUUAAUGAUUUUUUUUUUUUUAAUGAGUUUGCAUCAUGAUUUUGCACCUAAACCUAAAGCCUUGCUUUAUCGAUUGUGGCAGCUAAAUUUAAGGUCCGCACAAAGACAGGAACAUUUACAUCCACAAGUCACGACAUCUCAAUAACGGAGCGUGCAAAAGGUCACGCCGGAAACCGCAUCCCUUCAGAGCAGCCUCGUUCUAGCGUUUUAAUACGACGGACUGUUUUUAUUGCGUCUCCUCAGUUCAGUUCGGUUCACUUGGGUGUAGUGGUGCUCAAAGAUUUCAAGCUUUAGUAGCUUUGUUUGUUCAUCAUGAUCUACAUAGAUAGCACAUGUGUGAGAAAUGCAUUUGAAGCAAAUGCACUGGAGAAUUGUGUUGGAUUAAAAGCGUCCUACCUGGAUUAGCUUUAAUCGAGCACGUCUUGGGUGUGUACGUGUACGGCCAGCGUAUGACCCUGCUCUGAACGUUACCGUGGCUAAAUCCAGGCUAUUUCAGCAUCAUUUUGUUUGAAAAAGGAGGAGAAAAAAGCAGAUUCAGUAUUAUUUUUUGUUCUGGGACUCUCUUGUUGUCAAAUAUAACUCGGUCCAAAUUUACAGUUGUGUGUAUAAACUUCUUCGCUAAAAGGAAACCGAAAGCAUUUCUGUCCUGCAGCGUCCUGGCGGUCUUUUAUGUUCAGUGUGUGUGGCUGUUUAUACAGGCAUGGGUGGAGGUGUGUGUGUGUGUGAUGGACUGAACUGUGGAGGGUUUCCCAAAAGCCUUUUAAUGCUAAGAGCAUCUUAACUAGGAGAGAGAGUGUUCAUUGUGAUGCUCAGUCUAAGAUUUAACAAUGUUCUUUGUGCUACGAUGCUUUAGGGAAACGCACCCCUGAACAUUAUGCUGCUGUACAUUAGAAAGUAUUCGUUCAGCUUCCCCCCUCCCAGAUCCUAACAUGUCAGAGUGUACUGUAAAAAAAAAAAGUUUAAAAAUCUGACACUUUGGUAACGUUACAUCAACUCCAGCUUUUUUGAUCCUGUUAAUGAGGGUUUUUUUUUUUUUUUUAAUAAAUAUUGCGUUACGUUACACUGUUUUGGAAACGAAGAGCGACGGCGAGAGCAAACCUCCACAGCAUGGUUCUGCCAUGAUUUAUUAAGGAGAUAAGUUAGUUCAUGUUUUGGUCUUUUGCCUGCACAAUCAUCCUCGUGGUUGUUCUGCUUGCCUUCCUGUUGUCGAGUUUAUACGAAACCCGCACACGUUCGUCAUUAAGACUUUACUGCAUGAGAGCUCUUGAUACUAACUUUUCACGCCUGUUUGUGAGGCCUCCAUACAGACCAUACAUGCGUAAACCUCUUUAAACCAUGUUUAAUGCUGAUUUGAGACCAGUGUAAAGUAUGUGUAUGUUCUUUUAAAAGCAGUACCCGCCUACUUAAACAGCUCGUUCGUGCAAUUAUAUAAUCAGCCAAUCACGUCAGAGCAGCACAGUGCAUAGAGUCAUGCAGAUACAUACUGGUCAAGAGAUUGCUCAUGUUUAUAAAUAAAUAAAUAUUUAUUUGCUGUUGCAUUGUUGUUGGUGCCAGUUCAGAACCUGUAGAUCUCCGACACGAUGAUCUAUGCUUUUCAUGCACAAUAUUCAACAUAGAAUGAUGCACAAAAAAAAAAAUAAAUCCAGUUUUGUGGGUGGACGGAAACACCUUGUUGAUGAGAGAGAUCGGAGAAAAUUGACCAGACUGGUUCAAACUAGCAGGAAGGUUAUAUUGGGUAACUCAAAUAACCACUCUGUACAACCAUGGUCAGCAGAAAAGCAUCUCAACAAAAUGAAAGCGUGAGGAGGAUAGGCUACUGGACAGUUCCUGGAUUGGGAAACAGUCAGAUGAUUGGUUUUUUUUUUUCUUCCCCCCUCCUUGAGAUGCUUUUCUGCUCACCACGUUUGUAAAGAGUGUCUGUUUUUGAGUUAGCGUCACCCACAGAAACUCAUGUUCACUGGAAGGUUUGUCAACUCUAGAGAAUGCAGUUUUGUGCCGCAUGAUUGGCUGAUUGAACGAUUAGCAAAAAUGCUCAUCUUUCAGAAUUCUUUGUUCACUCCAGUCAUCAGGUUUGUCCUCCAUGAUGAUGAGUUUGUCCUUAAAAGGUCACCUGAUGUAAUACUUGAAUGAUAUCAGGACUUUUUUUUCCCCCUUUCUUUUUUUCUACCCCUGAAUCUCGCCUCAAGAAUUUGUACUGAGCGAAAGACGCAUGCUGUUUUCUCAAACACAGCUUCACUCUUGCAUAACGCCUGUUUCCAGGUUCGACCAAGACUCAUGUGCCAGUUCACACUUUGGAUCCUUUCACUAGUAGGCAGGUUAAUUUAUUUAUUUAAAAAGUUUUCCUUUAGUCUAUAAAGCUUUUCUUUUUAAUGUGCACUAUUUGCUUUCAAUUUGGAUUGUUUGAGAAAUGAAAUGUUCAAAACCAAAAUUUCUUUUUCCAAAAAAAAAAAAAUUCAAGAUUGUGUAUAUUCAUUCAUACUUAAAUCAUUUUUAGUGUGUUGCCAUGUAUUCGUAUCUGCCAAAAUACAGCCUGUGAUAGAUUUAUAUUUUAUUGGGUUUUUUUUUUUUUUUUAAUGCCAUUUUUUUCAUGAGCAUGUUUAAUGGGUCUCAAAGGAAAACCAUCACAUCAAACCCUGCAUGGAGAAUGCGGCUGUGUUUAAAUGGACGUCGUACACAGAUCAUCUGCCCAUCUGAGCCUACACCUCUUUGCUUUCUGCCUUGGCGUCUGCAUUUUCAAUACGAUUUCAAUUCUCUUGUAAAAACCAAUCACGUGUCCUGCCACGUGUGAUCUUUUGUCAUCUUUGAUCAUUUUGAUUCAAAUAGUGAACGUUGUUAACUUUAUUUGUUGCUUGAUGAAAAAUGGUAUGAAAGUGUGACUAUAGGUCUGUUACGUGGCUGGUUUUGCUUUGUAUGAUAAAUGUGCACCGACAAUAAAAAAAAAAAUCCUGA